AAACAAAAAUUCUUAAGAAUGGAAUAUUAGUUGGCAAGACUCUUAUGUUACUGAAGAUUUUUUGCGAAAAAUGCUUCCUUUUUAGAAAAUAAAUCAUUUUCCAGGCUCAUUUAAUCUCGGGAAAAAAAAUUAGCUUGGUAAAAAUCUAUCAAAAAUGAAAUAAAAACAUCCUUAAGAUUAUGAUUUUUUUCCCAAAACAUGGUUAUUACCUUAUUAAUAUGAAGAAUUAAGAAAUUACUAUGAAAAAUAAAAACCCAAAAAGCCUGUUUUGAUAGUAAAACCAGAAGCAGGUUCAUAAGGGAAAGGUAUAUGCAUAAUAAAGAGUAUUUAAAAAUUAACAAAUGAUUAACAUGUAGUAGUCCAAGAAUAUAUAAAAAAUCCAUAUUUAAUAGAAGGUUUAAAAUUCGAUUUUCGGGUAUAUGUGCUUUUAAGAAGUGUAAAUCCAUUAAAAAUAUUCUUAUAUAGAGAAGGAUUAGCUAGAUUUGCAACUGUGAAAUAUCAAAAGCCAAAAAGAUCAAAUGUUAAAAACUUAUGUAUGCAUUUGACAAAUUAUGCUAUUAAUAAAUUAAAUGAGAACUUUUAAUUUAAUAAGGACGCUUUUUAAGAUAAUAUAGGGCAUAAAAGGAGUCUUUCUUCAGUUUUGAAACUUCUUAGUGAUAAAGAAGUAGAUGUGGACAAACUGCUUGUUUAAAUUAAAUAAAUUAUAAAUAAAACUAUGUGUAGUGUUUAACCUUAUUUAAGUCAUUUGUAUAAUAGUUCAUAAUUAAAAAGUGAAAAUAAUUAAAUGUGCUUUGAAAUUUUUGGAUUUGAUAUUAUGCUGGACUAAUUUAUGAAACCGUUUUUGUUAGAAGUUAAUCAUACUCCGAGUUUUACUACGGAUACUCCUUUAGAUUAUAAUAUUAAACAUUGCUUAAUAAUGGAUACUCUUAUUCUUAUUAAUACUAGAUAUAAAGAUAAAAAAUAGUAAGUUUAAAUAUAUAUUUUUAUAUUUAUAAAUUUAUUUAAUAAAAAGGUAUUUUGA